AUGUUUUCGGAAGUUGAUGUGCAAAUGAAUAAAAUGUUAGUGGCGGAAACAGGAAAUAUGUACCCGAGCAUUGCAUAUUUCCAUACAUUGCUUAGAAGCAGUCAAGAAAUGAAGGAAUCUACUCUAACUGAGCAGCUUUAUUUUGCAGAUUGUCCAGGGUUAAUGGAUACUACGAAUGUCGCUGAUGGUAACUACGGGCUUUUCCAAAGGCCUGGCCUUACAAAAGGCUCCAAUACUUUUGAAGUCGCGGGACCAAUGCUCGGUGAUUGUCCUAUGUUCGACAGGUAUCUAUUUAAUGGAGUGAAAUUAGACAUAUGUUUGAAACGGAGUUCCCCAACAUUUUGUCUCAUGAGUUCGGAAGAUCAACCACUGGCAUCUGACAAUUACAGUGUUGUAACAGAAGGCGCAUUUCUAAGACUUUAUAAACUUAAAAUUAAUCCUUCUGUGCUGGUGGCUCAUAGUAAACUUCUUCACAGCGAUGUUACGGCAAAAUACCCUUAUACCAAACGCGAUGUGAAAUACUGUACCGUACCACCAAAUCUGAGCAGUUUCAGUUGGUCACACAUUUGCCAGAAUCUAACGCCAAGUACAGUGGUUGUAGCAUUCUGUCUUUCGGAGGCAGUGGCAGGUAGUUAUAAGAAGAAUCCAUGGCAUUUCAUAAAUUGUGAUGUCAAACAACUACCUCUUUGCGUGAACGGUAUCAGUACGCCAGGGGACCCGAUACAUGUCGAUUAUAGCAUGGACAAUAAAGGUGGCAAAGUUUUACAGGUUUUCGACGGGUAUCUCGAUACGCUUAACAACAUUAAUGUCGGUAUUGCACGUGCAUAUGUUGGUAGAGGAUAUGCUAUUUACGUGUUUUACAUGGAACCCUCUUUCAGUGAAAAUACAAAGUUUCCACCUGUAAAGUCGUAUGAGCUUUACUUAAUUGUGAGGUUUGGAACUCCCUUACAAGAGAGCGCAAGGUGUGUUAUUUACACAGAAAAAGUUGGACUUCUGGAAUUUGACAAAACGCGCAAUAUAAAAAUUAACUAG